GUGGUGUCGUCCUUACUGUUCUAUUUUCAUUCUUAUUCUGGGAGAUGUGUUUUAUUCGGUUUGAUUUUCUGGGAGUAUGUUUUAUUCGGUUUUCGGUCUUUUUGUUUUAUUUGUUUUGAUAGUGGUUUGAAUGAAUUACAGAACUACACUUAAUAUUACUUCUUCGAUGACCUAUGACCGCAGUCGUGGAGACAGUAAGUUUAGAAGAGACAGUAAGUUCAGUAAGUCUCGACCUUUGUCUGUAGUAUGCGUCCAAAUGUUGUCGAUUUGAGGGUGGAAUGCUUCGGAGGAUAUGGCUUCAGCAUCUGAUGCUAUGUCGAAAAACACUACCUCUGGUAAUAUAUCCUAGCGCGGCUUCCUUUCCGACUAUUAUUUCUGCUUCUUCAACAAGAUCUUUGAACUUUGACCGCAAUGGUAAAAUCUACACUUCUCAACACGUUGCGAAAGUAAAAACAAAAUUAGACGAGAAUCAAAGUGAAUCUGGGAACAAAAUUGCAACUAUACCAAAUGCCUUGUGCUUAUUCAGAAUUGGAUUGACGCCGGUAGUUGGAUAUUUAAUAAUAAAAGAAUCAUAUAUGACUGCACUGGCCUUAUUUGCUGUUAGUGGAAUAACGGAUUGG